UUCCGGUGCUCGCCGCGCUGCGACGCUGUGAUAGUUUUGUUUUUCUUUCAUUCCGUUUUGUGUCCCGCCUUCCUCAGUGUAAACAAAAAUAGUGCGCAGCUGUUCUUCGGCGGAUUUACCUAGAUGGCUGAAACAGAUGUUCUAUGUAACCCAGAAACAUUAUGAAGCAACACGUUUGGCUUGCGUUACUGUGGACAUUUUCCGGACGAUCGGAAGCUGUGGGGCGGUUCGACGAUGAUAUUUCCAUUGCUCUGGUGGAGAAGGGGAAGAAGCAGCUGACGGAAUUGGAGGAAAAAAGUCAACUCCCGCGGUACGGCGAAUGUUGGCUGCACGCGCUGGAUCACCUCCGGGACGGAUGUCGUAUGCUUACGGAUACGAUUCAGGUGGAUCUGGCGCUGCAUUUCACUGACUGCUUUCUGGAGAUGUCCGGCCAGGAGGAGCGGCUGGAUUGCGUAUCGGAACGAACGGAAGCGCUAAAGCGGCUCUGUAUGAGUGGCAUGUCCGAUCGGGCUUUUGCCGUGUACACGGAAUUCUUUACACAAACGCAGAGCAUGUGCUUCUUUCUGCAGAGUCAACGGUGGCAGUCCGAAACGGAUCGAACGAUCGACAGGCUGAGUGUGCGGUCUCGAGAGGUCAGCGAGCAGCUAGAAGAAGCGGGGGAAAUUCAACGAACUGUCCUAGAACAUCAGAAAGAGGGUAUGCGACUGCAGGAAGAAAUGUUGAAAGUUGGGGGAAAUCUAGCUAGGACGCUUAACGGAUCGCAGGAAAUGCUAGAUCGGCUAACGGUGGACUUGAAAAAUUCCACCGAAGGACAUCAGGCCGUUUUGAAAGAGCUGUUCAGGGAGUUCUAUCUGUUGCAUAGUUGGAUUGUCGGAAGGUAUGCCUUCGUGGACAGGGUUAUCUUCUACGUAUGUUUUAUAGCGGUUGCCAUGAUUGCCACAUCAACAAAGAGGACAAGCAGAGCAAGAUCCUUUCUGAUCCUCAACUCAGUAGGCAGUUUGUUACUAGAGCUAGCGUUGACUCAGUUACUUCCAACGCUAGAUGAAAUCCAGAAGAAUCGUCUUCACUGGGUAGUGCGAAAAUUUUUCAUUAUAUCUGGAUUCCUAUUGUUCGGAUUCCAUUGGUAUCGUUACCAGGAUGAGCGCGAUAGAAUUUUACACGAAAUUCAAGAACAGAACCGGCAAAUUAUGGAAAGUAUUCUUCGCAUGAAAAUGGAAGCCCCUCUAAUGGCCCGGAAGCCAGAAGACCAAGAACAGCAAUCUUUCCGCGAUAGUCACGUAUCGCACUCCCAGCAGAGUUAUCGCGCAUUGUCCCGAAGAUUCCUGCAACCGGUUUCCCAUCCUUCCGUCGUAUCGGAACAACCGGACACAACUGACUACGAAAAGGAGAAUAGCUCAAACGAACGACGAUCAGCGAGCAGGUCACUACGAUUGACACCGGAAGAGCGCCGGAGCGAGCGGCGGGCCCCCUCGCGUACUUCGGAAUCGAGCGUUUCACACGCAUCCAGGUAUAAUUUAAGACGCAAAACUGUAAACCCGUAGUUUGCAUUUUAUCUUCUUUUUCUAUAUUCUGGAUUGUUUUGAAUUAUGGGAUUCCUAUAUAUAUUAAGCCAACCACACUGUCGAUUUAUUUGAGUGAUUGAUUAUAUAGCAUUAAGUAAAAGUAAGAAUACUUAACUAAGCAUUCCGUACAUCACCGGCGUUCCAGUUUUUUUUUAAAUAUUUUAAUCUACAAGCUAAUUCUACACAUUUCCAAAGUUUAUGAACCAAAUAAUCUUAGGUUUAAUUUAUUUAUUUACUAUUUUACAUUCCAAUUAUUUGUUUUUAAUAUUAUGCACUUCAAAAUAUUUAUUAUGUGAGUUGAAAACAAAA